AUGAUUCCACGUUUCUUUCCAGGAACUUCAGAUGAAGAGUUCCAGGUGAACCAGCCUCAGACUUUAGUGUCAGUCAAUCCUGGAGAUGUCCUAACCCUGGCCUGCAAUAUGUCUGCUCUGUCCCCAGAAGGGCCUGUCUUGUGGUUCAAGAGCACUGGGCCAGGACAACAAUUAAUCUAUAGUUUCAAUGGAAGCCACUUCCCCAGAGUAACUCCGGUGGAAAACACAAUGGUCAAUCAAACUGACUAUUCCAUUCGCAUCCGUGACGUGUUGCCAGAGGAUGCUGGCACCUACUACUGUGUGAAGUUAAGGGUAGGACACCCUGACAUGGAGUUUUUCUCUGGUCCAGGCACCAUCGUGUAUGUGAAUGGAGCCACACAUAUGUUCCAUGUGCAACAAACAGAGAUGUCGCAGACUGUAUCAACUGGGGAGUCAAUCAUCUUGAGUUGCAGCGUACCAGAUACCUUACCAAAUGGACCUGUCUUGUGGUUCAAGGGAACAGGGCCAAACCGGAAAUUAAUCUACAAUUUCAAACAAGGUCACUUUCCCAGAGUAAAAGAGAUUGGAGACACCAACAAGCCUGGCAACACAGACUUUUCCAUCCGCAUCCAUGAAAUCUCUCUUGCUGAUGCUGGCACCUAUUAUUGCGUGAAGUUCAUAAAAGGGAAAGCUACCGAGGAGUACCAAUCAGGUCAGGGCACUCAGGUGUUUGUUACAGCUCCACCCUCUCUCCCUGUGGUAAUAGGCCCCUUGGAGAGGGCCUUGCUCGGACAGACUGUGAAUUUUAGCUGCAUGUCCUACGGCUUCUAUCCCAGAAAUGUCACCCUGAAGUGGUUCAAAAAUGGGAAGAAACUCUCAUCCCUCCAGACCCACGUGGUUCAGUUAAAGAACAGCAAUGCCUACAAAAUCGUCAGUACCACGGAGGUAGUCCCAGCUCUAGAUGACCUAAACUCUCAUGUUACCUGCAGUGUGUACCACCGGAGCUUGCAUUACCCUCUUCAUGGGAAGGCUGAUUUGUCUGAGACCAUAAUAGUUCCACCCAAGGUGUCCAUUCUUCAGCACCCUGCCUCAAAUAACAAGAUGAAUGUCACCUGCCAGGCAGAGAAGUUCUAUCCCCAGGACAUGCAACUGACCUGGCUGAAGGAUGGAAGUGUCUCCCAGAGAGAUGAGACCCUGACCCCCAUCAAGGGCAAAGACGGACUGUACAGCAUGCAGAGCUCCAUCCUGGUGGAAAACAGUGACCAUGAGGAGGACACUAUGCUCACCUGCCAGGUGGAACAAGACGGAUGGCAGAAGAUCACUGUAAAAAUGACAUUUUGGGCCUCUGCUCACCUGGAUAGGUCUCAGUUGUAGCCAAUAGCAAGGCCUCCAUGAUUUAUUUAAGGAGGCUCCUUCAUCUUUCCAUAAA